AUGGAGCCUCAAAACAACAUUUCAAAUGCUUUUUGUUCAUCGUUGCUUUUAUUUUCAAUGAACUUGCUAUUUCUGCAACAUGUUUCAACUGCCACUCAUCUGGGAAAUGAAACCGAUCGACUGGCCCUGCUCGAAUUCAAGCAUCAACAUCAAGUGGUCAAUUAUCGCGACGGAACACUGAACUCAUGGAAUGAUUCCCUACCGCACUGUCAAUGGCAAGGUGUUACAUGUAGCUACCGACAUCAAAGAGUCACAGCCUUGAAUCUACGCGGACAUGGCUUGGUUGGAUCCAUAUCUCCCCAUAUAGGGAAUUUGACCUUCCUAAGGUUCAUUGAUCUCAGAAACAACAGUUUCAAUGGUGAAAUUCCCCAAGAAGUUGGUCGCUUGUUCCGCCUGAGACAUCUAAACCUGACAAACAAUGCAAUUGGCGGAGCGAUUCCAGUUAACCUGAGCCGCUGCUCAGAGCUCAGAAUCAUUGAGUUAGCAACUAAUAAUCUCGUCGGAAAAAUUCCCCCGGAGAUGGGCUCUCUGAACAAGCUCGUGACACUUUUUCUUAGAGCGAACAAUUUGACAGGAUCAAUUCCGCAUUCUGUUGGGAACCUUUCAUCCCUGGAACAAAUUACUGUAACAUUCAAUAAUCUGGAGGGAAGUCUACCAAUUCAGCUUGGCCAACUCAAAAGAUUGACUUACUUAAGUAUUGGAGUCAAUCAUUUUUCAGGUAUGGUCCCUCAAACUCUUUACAAUAUCUCAACUAUCACUUCCUUCAGCGUCGGAGAUAAUCUGCUGAAAGGGAGUCUUCCGGCUAACAUAGGUAUGGUCCCUCAAACUCUUUACAAUAUCUCAACUAUCACUUCCUUCAGCGUCGGAGAAAAUCUGCUGAAAGGGAGUCUUCCGGCUAACAUAGGUAUGGUCCCUCAAACUCUUUACAAUAUCUCAACUAUCACUUCCUUCAGCGUCGGAGAUAAUCUGCUGAAAGGGAGUCUUCCGGCUAACAUAGGUCUCACUCUACCCAGACUGCAACUACUUAGUAUUGGCGCAAACCAAUUCUCUGGAACAAUCCCAUAUUCAAUCACCAAUGUUUCCGAACUUCAAGUACUUGAUCUUCCUGAAAACAACGUCAAGGGACCAGUUCCAAAUAAUCUAGGAGAUCUCAAAAAUCUUCGCAUUCUAAAUGUUGGAAUUAAUCUUCUGGGUACUAAUACAAGUCAAGACUUGAGCUUUAUUACAUCUUUGACAAACUGCAGCAAUUUACAAAGGCUAGACCUUGAUGGAAAUAACUUUGGAGGAGAAUUACCCAACUCCAUAGGCAAUUUCUCUCAUCAACUCACAGAGCUAGGGCUAGGAAGGAAUCAGAUAUCUGGAAUUAUCCCCCCAGGACUCGAAAGACUUGCCAACCUGUACACGUUAGGAAUGGAGAACAACCUUUUCACAGGUACCAUCCCAAGUAAUUUGGGGAAAUUACAAAGGUUGCAACAAUUGCUACUAUAUGGAAACAGAUUAUCAGGACAGAUCCCACCCUCCCUGGGCAACCUCUCUCAAAUGUACUCCCUCUUUUUAGCUAUCAACAGAUUAGAAGGCAAUAUACCUUCGAGUAUUGGGAACUGUCAAAAUUUGCAAAUGCUGGAACUGUCACAAAAUCGCCUUACUGGCAUCAUACCCAAAGAUGUUAUGAGUUUCUCCUCCCUUUCGAAACACCUGAACUUAUCACAAAAUUCAUUGAAUGGUUCCCUACCGCAGGAAGUAGGUAAGCUGAGAAAUAUAAAUACAUUGGACAUCUCGAAUAACAAAUUGUCUGGAGAAAUUCCAGGAACAAUUGGAGAUUGUUCGAGCUUGGAAUACUUAAAUAUGCAAGGAAACCUUUUUGAGGGCACCAUUCCCUUAACUUUGGCUUCUUUGAAAGGUAUUCAACAUCUAGACCUUUCAGGAAAUAACAUGUCCGGAGAAAUUCCCAAAGACCUGGGGAGCCUUCUCUUUUUGCAAUAUCUUAACCUCUCUUUCAAUGAACUUGAGGGCGAGGUACCUACCAAAGGAGUUUUCAAAAACGCAAGCGCAAUAUCAGUGGUUGGGAAUACCAAACUUUGUGGAGGUAUCCUUGAACUGAACCUACCGCCAUGUCCUACCAUUGUAAAGAAGCAUGGAAGACCUAAAGCAUUCAAGAUAGGGAUCAUAGUCGGCAGUAUAGUUCUGUUUUCAAUGCUAAUGAUGUCCUUUGGAGCUCUAUGCUUUUGGAGAAAAGAAAGAACAAGUGACUCGUUUUCCACAAGUUCAAGAGUUGACGGGCUUUUAAGGAUUUCUUACUAUGACCUAUACCAAGCAACUGCAGGAUUCUCUUCAGGAAAUCUGAUUGGGUCAGGAAGUUUUGGGUCAGUCUACAAGGGAAGCCUGCAGCAGGGGAAGGAAAGGUUAGUAGCAGUAAAGGUACUUGAACUUGAGAAGAGUGGAGCUUCAAAGAGCUUCGCAGCCGAGUGCAGAGCCUUAAGGAACAUACGACAUCGGAAUCUAGUUAAGAUCUUGAGUUACUGUUCCAGCAUUGAUUCCAAAGGUAAUGAAUUUAAAGCACUAGUUUACGAAUUUAUGGAAAAUGGGAGUCUAGAUUCGUGGUUGCAUCCAGAAAUAGUUGAAGUGAAUACAUUGAGGACUCUGAAUCUUCUCCAGAGGCUAAAUAUUGCAAUUGAUGUGUCUUCUGCGUUGCAUUAUCUCCACAACCAUUGUGAAACACCAGUUAUUCAUUGUGAUUUGAAGCCAAGCAACAUUCUUCUAGACAAUGACCUGACUGCUCAUGUCGGUGAUUUCGGAUUAGCAAGGCUCCAUUCAGGAAAGACCAAUGAUAUUUUACAGCAGCAAAAUAGCUCGAUUGGAGUAAAGGGAUCUAUUGGCUAUGCAGCACCAGAGUAUGGAAUGGGUGGUGACACAUCAACGCAUGGAGAUGUAUAUAGCUAUGGGGUCCUCUUGCUUGAAAUGUUCACAGGGAGGAGACCAACUGAUGAUAUGUUCAAAGAUGAUUUAAAUCUCCAUAAUUAUGUGAAGAGGGCACUGCCAAAACAAGUCCUGCAGAUUGUAGACCCAGUACUUCUUGCAAAAGGAGAGAUAGAAAGAGAUGAGGAAUCAAUUGCAGCACCAGGAAAAGAAGAGGAGGAUGAUGAUGACAACGACAACCAUAAUGAAAUAGAACAACAAAAAGACAACAAAAAUUUUAUAAGUUGUCGCCGAGGGAGCAAUAAGAUGGUAAAGGGCAUCAUUUCGGCCCUUCAAAUUGGAUUGGCAUGCACAGCAGAAUCACCAACAGGACGAAUGAAUAUGAGUAAAGUCUCCAGGGAGCUACAACUCAUUAGAAGUGUUUUCCUUGGUUGA